UGCUUGCUGCCACUGCCCUCAGAACCAGGGCCUGGUGGAGACAACUAUUUUUUCUGAGGUACCUGAGGCUACCUUAAAGCACUCUCUGGCACUGGCAAUAUUCCUGGCUGUGGCCCAUGGGCCUCUGAAGAGGCGUUGUAAGUCCGCCCAGCUUCCCACUUGCUGUGUUCCCACUCAAUGGGAAGGGAACCAAGGUACCAGGGUCAAGUGGGUCCAGGCAUCAACACAGAUUCUAGGCCUUGUCAAGCCAUCAGCCACGGCAUCCUGACAACACCAGGAUGGAAGUCAAAGGUCAGCUGAUCAGCUCUCCUACCUUCAAUACCCCAGCUUCCCUGUUUGGAGAGGCUGCUCCCCAGGUGAAAUCAGAGCGUCUGCGGGGGCUGCUUGAUCGUCAGCGGGCCCUGCAAGAGGCACUAAACCUGAAACUUCAGGAGCUCCGGAAAGUGUGUCUCCAGGAAGCGGAGCUGACUGGCCAGCUGCCCCCUGAGUGCCCACUGGAACCUGGUGAACGACCUCAGUUGGUACGUCGGCGGCCCCCUGCAGCACGAGCUUACCCUCCACCACAUCCCAGCCUGGCACACCACUCCUUGUGCCCUGCUGAGGAGCUGGCUCUUGAGGCUCUGGAGCGUGAGGUGUCCGUACAACAGCAGAUCGCUGCUGCUGCCCGCCGCCUGGCCCUCGCCCCUGAACUGAAUGCUGAGCAGAGGCGGCGCCGACGUCAGGUACAGGCAGAUGCACUUCGAAGGCUGCAUGAACUGGAGGAACAGCUUGGGGACCUCCGGGUUCGCCUUGGCCUCCCACUGCUCCCUCCCCAGCCACUGCCAAUGUCCACUGGAGCACUCAUCACGGCUCAGGGAGUCUGCCUGGGUACGCGCCUUGCUCAGCUCAGCCAAGAAGAUGUCCUUCUGCACUCAGAGAGCAGCUCCCUCUCAGAAUCUGGGGCCAGCCAUGAUAACGAGGAGCCUCGAGGCUGCUUCUCUCUGUCUGAGCGCCCCUCUCUGUCUGAGCGCCCCUCACCACCAAAGGCUUGGGACCAGCUUCGGGCAGUGUCUGGGGGGAGUCCUGAGCGACGAGCCCCAUGGAAACCACCCCCAUCAGAUAUUUAUGGAGAUCUGAAGAGUCGUCGCAACUCUGUGGCCAGCCCCACCAGCCCCACACGCUCGCUGCCCAGGAGUGCCUCCAGUUUUGAGGGGCGAAGUGUGCCUGCCACCCCUGUCCUCACCCGGGGCACUGGCCCCCAGCUCUGCAAACCCGAAGGUCUCCAUUCUCGCCAGUGGUCAGGCAGUCAAGAUUCCCAGAUGGGCUUUCCUCGGGCUGACCCUGCCUCAGAUCGCGCCACCGUCUUCGCAGCUCGCACCCGUCGCAGUAACAGCUCAGAGGCCUUGCUGGUGGACCGGGCAACAGCGGGGGGAGCUGGCUCUCCGCCUGCCCCUCUGGCUCCCCCUACUGCUGGCCCACCGGUCUGCAAGAGCAGUGAGGUGCUGUAUGAGCGCCCCCAACCAACCCCUGCCUUCUCUUCCCGCACAGCUGGCCCCCCCGACCCUCCCCGUGCUGCCAGGCCUAGCUCAGCUGCCCCUGCCUCCCGCGGGGUCCCCCGGCUCCCACCUGUAUGUGGGGACUUCCUCUUGGACUAUUCCUUGGACCGGGGCCUGCCCCGCGGUGGCAGCGGGGCAGGCUGGGGGGAGCUGCUAACUGCAGCCGAGGUCCCAGGACCCCUCUCCCGCCGAGACGGGCUCCUUGCCAUGCUCCCCGGCCCACCACCCAUGUAUGCACCUGACGGCAGCAGCCCCCUCCUCCGCAGCAAGGACCCCCACACCCGUGUCACCCGUACCAAGCCCUGUGGCCUGCCCUCAGAAGCUGCCGAGGGCCCAGAGGUGCAUCCAAACCCUCUGCUGUGGAUGCCCCCACCCACUCGGAUCCCCCCGGCUGGUGAGCGCAGCGGCCACAAGAACCUGGCCCUGGAGGGGCUGCGGGACUGGUACAUCCGGAACUCGGGACUGGCCGUGGGGCCUCAGCGCAGGCCUGUGCUUCCACACGUGGGCCUGCCACACCCACCUUUCCUCCAUGCCCGCUGCUAUGAGGUGGGCCAGGCGCUGUAUGGGGCCCCCAGCCAGGCGCCCCUCCCCCACUCGAGGAGUUUCACGGCGCCCCCUGUCUCCGGCAGAUACUACACGGACUUCCUGUACCCCUCGGAGCUGAGCGCUCGUUUAAGUGACCUGACGCUAGAGGGGGAGCAGUCUUCCAGUUCUGACCCCCAGACCCCAGGGACAUUGGUCUGACCCUCUCCUGAUAUGCCCCUUGUUGGCCUGGGCAGGACUACAGGCUGGGGAGCAUACAGCCAACCUCGCUGAGCCCUAGGAUGUGGUUGCUCUCAGUCCUGGGGAUCAUCCACCUGAUCUUCCAUGGCCCCUGGCUCCCCAUGGGACUAGGAAGGUGUCUGAUAAACCUGUUUCUCCCUUUACACUGUUCUGGGGACUGGAAGGGCCUCAGCUAGCUUCAAAGAGGGGAGAUGAUAUGGGGACUCUAAGCCCCUUCUUCCAUUUCUGUUUACAGUUGUGAUUUAGUAUUCACUGUCUUCACCCAAUACUAGGCGUUUUAUAAAAAAGGGAAACUGUGAGUUUGUCAUGGUUGGGUUCAUUUCUCUCCCCAUGCCCAGUCUGUUCCUUUUAGGAACCCCACCUUCAACAAAAGGGACCAUAUAGGGUCUCAGGACCCUGUUUAGGGUAGCCAAGAGACUCUGGUGUGACUAGAACUCCCUGUAAUCCCCUACCAGGGCAGUUCUUGUGCAGGUGGGCUCUCUGCCCAUAUGUAGAAUGAUAGAAUCUGGAUGGGGAAUGCCUGAAGGAGCCCCUGUUCCUGUCUGUAGCCAUAGCUUCUGUGCUGAUCAUCUGCAAUCAGGAGAUACCC